AUGCGCGUCUCUGUAUCGGCUCAGGCUGUGAUCUUCAGCCUCACCUUUCCCUCCCUCACCACCGCUGCCGAUGAUGCAAGCUACAAUGCUUCCCUGCCCUUUCGACCCAACAACGUGACACUUCUUCACGAUCCGUACUAUUGGGUGGGCUCGUACUACAAUGGGACUGCCGAGUUGGAAUUGAGGCCCUAUACGGGCUUAGCUGCGAACGACAGCGCCCAGUGCCCGUUGCUCGCCAAUACUACGACCACCGUACAAUAUGACACGAUCCUCGCCCUGACUGAGCCAAGCAUAUUUAACAAUAGCAGCGACCCCGUGAACGCCUUCCUUAUGCUUUGGGACCCUGGCUUUGACUUUUCUACAAUCACUAGCUUUGGCUGGGAAAUGGUUGAUCUCCCCUCCUUACAAUGGAGCUAUGUUUCUUCCCAACCUACGUAUCGUUACUACGAGGACGGCGAAGAUUGGUUCUAUUGGGAACUGAACACAACUACUCAGAGCCCACCAUAUCGUCUCUCGAGCACCAUUAACACAUAUGACGAGGGCUUGGGAUCUCUCAGAGCCAACAUGACCAACUGCACCACUACAGAGAUAGUUCCCUGGUACAUUGAUCCAGGCCCCUGGGCCCAGGUCAAUAACGGCAUCUACGAGCCUGAGUGGCCGGCUAUGACAGUUAGCCUGGAGUUCGACGGCGAGACGGCAAACUACACGAUUCGCGGGUACUUUGAGAGUCAUCGAACCUACGGCAAAGACGAGGAUCGAUUCUACGGGGACCCUGCCGAGGGGCAGUUCACGUUGCGCUUUGCAGGCGUCCUGGAUGCCUACCAUUCGGACAUCCUGGCCAACGACACCGCCACCCCGACCUGGCUGCGGACUGUCGGGUUCAACAACAACUCGCUGAAUAUUGGGUACACGGGGGCUGCGGGAAGGACAAUGCUCGCCGGGUCGUCGGCGGCAGCGGCCCUCGCCGCAUUGGUCCUGACACAGGUGGUGCAGCUCCUCUUUUAA